UUAAUUAAUUUAUUUAUUUAUUUUUAUUAUUAUUAUUUUAUUAUUAUUUAGUUAAACUCAGGAAUGUGUAAAGUCCCGGUCCACACUCCAUAUCAGUAGGUGGCGGUAAUACACCAAAAAGUUGUUUGUCAACCGCCAUAAAACAACACAAAGAAGAAGAAGAAGAAGAAGAAGAAGACGAAGAAGAAGAAGAAGAAGACGAUGACGCAAUCAAACCGUGUCCGAGGCGCGCUGUUUGACCAGCCAUAACAGUUAAAGUUGAUUUCGUUGGAGAAGUAAAAAAAAGUUGAACACUGGGUCGUAAUGUAUACUUUAGGAUUGUUACCGACAGCAAUAAUGUAUCUUCACGAGUUGAAACGCAAUUAAGAAUUUGCUGUUAAUACUAGCAGGAAUAAGUUAGUUAGCCAACAAGCUAAUAAGUUAGCCAGCAGGCUAACAUCAAAUAGUUUAUCACGUUAGCUAGCUUACCUGCACAUAAUGGAGGAUAACUCGUCUUGUUCUUCCAUGGCUGCUCUCUCUCAGCCGUCUUUCCUCCAGAGGACAUUGGAGCGGUUAUCCUCCGCUCAGUGUGUCAGAGUAAACAGUGACGCUGCUCCGGUAGCUGUCAUCGCUCUGCAGCGGUACUUAUCGGAGCAGCCUGCGGGGCAGCAGCAGCAUCAGCCGGACAGUUACAGCUACGACGUGACGGUCACUGACGGAGUCUGGCGAGCCAAAUGCUUCCUCCACACUGGUUUAAAUCACCUGGUGCACACUAACACCUUGAGGACUGGGAGUGACGUCAGCAUCACGCAGUGCUCCUUUGUUUACAACGAGAAGAGGCUGGGACACGGUUACAUGUGCCUGGAGAAGAUCAGGUGUGUUGCAGAGAGGUCUGCUCUUCUGGCAAGAAUAAAGGAUGUCAGCUCUCUGCCCAUGUUGGUCAGACAUGGCAUGGAAAACAGUUUGGUGCUGCGGAGUGAUGUUCCUCUUCAGGUGAGUCGCAAACAUUACCUGUCCCUGUGGAACAACGAGGACCCAGAGGGAGACAUCUGGACUUCAGGAUGUCCCCCAUCUGACACAGUUCUGGACGUGUCCAAGAUUACUCUUCUUUGUAAUCUGGAGUCAUGCUUUAAGAACACAUGGAAACCUCUCCCUCUCCUUGUGAAGAUAAUACACAAAUCCAGAUUACGGUAUUAUGGGAAGUUUGGGAGCAGGAUUGAAUAUCCCUACCAGGCAUACUUUGAAGUUGCUGACCAGAGCGGGACGAUGUCCCUGGUGCUUUGGAACGAACUUUGUCCAGAGUUUUUCCAGAGACUGAAAGUCGGCACCGUGUUGUACAUCCAAAAUUUCUCCUUGAAGCAGAGUUAUUCAAACCGAUCACACCCACAAAUGGACUAUAGCAGAAUGAAGACCUUUAACUCUGUAGAAAUCUGCCUGAACCCUCGUAACCCUGCUUCAGUCAUCACGGUGAUCUCACCAAAGAGUGUCCUGCCUCAGUGGGGGCUGCCUGAGGUUUCCUACCAGUUCAGCACCAGGUCAGAGUUGGAAAAAUUAUCCAAUAAUUCUGCUUGUGAUGUCAUCGGUUUGGUGACAUUUGUUGGUCGUGUUGAAAGAGUCCGGAGUAAAGGGAACACUGGUACAGAAAAAUACUGGACGUAUCGAUGGAUCCACGCAGUGGAUGGAACAUCUGAUCGUCCAUUCAUCUUGGAGGUUUUUUCCUCUUCCCAACCACAAGUCUUUAGUCGUAUCUGCCCAAUGAGCUACCUGGUGUGCACUCAGAUGAGGGUUUGUCGAGUGGAAGGCUCGCUGCCGUACCUCACCAGCAGCUGUGAGACGGAGAUGUUCAUCACAGGCUACCACAAAGGACAGCCAUAUGUGAGUGACCCCAGAGUAAAGAGCUUCAUCCAGUGGACCAAAACCCUGAAGGACAACGUUGUCCUCCAGAAGACUUGUGUUGGGGGUCACUACUGCUACCCUCGGCCCCCACACACAUACACUCAGUCCAUGGUAGACUCCUCAGCUCAAGCUCCUCUGGUGGCUGCUGCUGACUUGAAGAAGGAGUUGGAGACGCUGCAGUACCGGGAACACAAGAGACUCGCAAUUCAGGGACAAAUCAUGGCAGUGAGGUACAUGAAACACCCAAAGACCACAGAGCCUCCAGGACCAGAAGAGCAAGAGGCGCCUGUUGUUUCUCCUGAUGCUGGACCAGACAAUCAUCCAUCAACAGCUGAGCAGACUCUGGCUGCCAGUGAGACAUCUGAGAAAAUCUCAGCAAGCAGAGGGAAAAGAAGAAUUCAGAAGAGAAAAGCCACGCAGUCCUCCUUGAAUCAUGGUAGCGUGUCAGCUAAAAGGAGACAUAAAGAUAUGGAGGAAGGACCGGAGCUGGAGGAAGACGAGGAUGACUCUGGUUCUGAGGAGACUCAGGAUGUGGAGCCUCAAAAUCAAGACUCUGAUGUCAUUUCCUGGGAGAGCAGCAGUUGGCUGAAGCAGCAGCAAGAAGUGUCUGAACAUCUGAGUGGAGGCGGUCUGUACGAGGACAGCUUGUCUCUGAGAUUCACGCUGGACGAGAAGAACGUCGUCCUGCAGCGCAGCAACCUGCAGCCGGGACGCUGGAGCCCCGAGCAGAGCCCCGACCCUGCCCCCCCGGGGGUCUGUCCAGGAUACUACACAGUUACAAUACUAGGCAUAAACAAACAAAUAGCCGUCGAUGCUGCAUAUUUUCCUGUUGUGAGCUCAGAUGAUCCGCGGGCUGUUGGUCUCCCUCAGGAUCCUCACAGCAACACGCUGCUGUCCUGCCUCUCAGCAGGCUUCCUCUGUCCAAUCAGAGGCUCAGCACCUCCUCAGCCAGAGGAGGUGCUGGCGACUGCCGGGGAGCUGGAGGACACACAUGUUGUGUGCAUCUUGGACCUUUGCCAUCUGGGUGGAGAGAAGGUGGAGGUCCUGAUCAACAAGGUGUACCGAGUGACUGAAGUUUCUCUCGACUAGGAGUUACAGGAGCUUUGUAAUUAUCAUUGAUAAUGUUAUUAAAGAGUUAUUUUGGUUAUAAAGAGCAAAGGUUUUUAGACCAAACCUCAAUUUAAUAUUUGUAAAUUAUCUGUUUACCUGUGUACAGAAUUAAAUGCUGAAUCCUUGAGAUUAUGCUUUCUAAA